AUGCGUUUGUCGUUCGUUAUUACUUGCAUUUCUGUUCUGGCUGAUUCAGCCUCUGCGUUUUCUGUACCAUGGAGUUCUUCUCCCAAGGAGCAUAAUCCUUUUAUCGGCAAACGCGAUACCGCCGUUGAAUAUGAUUAUGUAGUCGUCGGUUCCGGCGCUGGUGGAGGCCCUGUCGCCGCCAACCUUGCCGUCGCUGGCUUCAAAGUCCUUCUUAUCGACGCCGGCGGCGACUCUGGUGAUGAUUGGGUUGAGAAGGUUCCAGCCUUGCAUCUCAUGUCAACUGAGUUUGAGGAUACACGAUGGAACUACUUCGUCAAUCACUACCCUGACCCCAAGCAACAAAAGAAGGACUCCAAGAUGGUCUACCAAAAGCCCGACGGUAGCUAUUACGUUGGACUCACCCCGCCUAAGGAUGCGAAGCCUUUGGGUGUUCUUUAUCCUCGUGCUGGUACCCUCGGUGGAUGCACACGCCACAAUGCCCUCAUCACCAUCGCCGCUCAUGAUAGUGAUUGGUCUUAUAUCGCCAGCCUUACUGGUGAUGACUCUUGGAACCCUGACAACAUGCGAUCUUACUUUGAGAAGCUGGAAAAGAACAUGUAUCUCCCCAGCAGCAUCAUCGGCCACGGUUUCAACGGCUGGCUGGGUACUUCUCUGACCUCGCUGUCCUUGGUAGUCGAAGAUCAGAAGCUUCUGUCUUUAAUCAUCUCCGCUGCUUCAGCUAUGGGCAAGGGCCUUCUAGGUUUCGUGUUGAACACUGUCGCUGGACUUGGACAGGUCUUGCUUCGCGAUCUCAAUGCCCCAGGUCAAACCAGCAAGACUGGACUUUAUCAAGUUCCGCUGUCGAUGGCUGACUCUGUUCGUGGUGGCCCUCGAGACUUUAUCCUCAAUACCGCCAAGGCUGUUAACAAGGAUGGAUCUCGCAAGUACCAUCUCGACAUCAAGCUCAACACUCUUGUCACCAAGAUCAACUUCGACAAGAGUGGUUCCAAGCCUCGUGCCGUCGGCGUCAACUACAUGCAAGGCGCAAGCCUCUACCGCGCCGAUCCCCGCUCCGGAUCAGCCAAGCCCACCGGUACUGGCAGCGUCAAAGCCAAGCGCGAAGUCAUCAUCUCAGCUGGUUCUUUCAACACUCCUCAGCUCCUCAAGCUCAGUGGUAUUGGACCCAAGAAGGAACUUGACUCUUUCAAGAUUCCUGUUCUGGUUGAUCUCCCUGGUGUUGGAACCAACAUGCAGGAUCGGUAUGAGAAUACCGUUAUUGGCAAGACCAAUAGUGAUUUUGUCAUCACGUCCAAGUGUACUUUCCUUGAGACUCUGCCGGAUCCUUGUCUUGAGCAAUACAAGAAGGGUCUUGGUCCUAUUACUAAGGGCGUGUAUGCUACCAACGGUAUCGCCAUCGCCAUUGUCCUCAAAUCCUCUGUCGCUGAAGAUGAGCCUGAUCUUCUUAUCUCUGGUGCCCCAGCCAAGUUCAAGGGAUACUUCCCUGGCUAUGCCGCCGACUCACUCGCCGAUGCCGAGCACUGGGCCUGGAUCAUUCUCAAGGCCCACAGCCGCAACAAUGCCGGCACUGUCACCUUGAAGUCAACUGACCCACGCGACAUGCCCAUCAUCAACUUCAACUACUUCGACACCGGCGUCAACGCAAACGGAGAAGGCGAUAAGGAUCUUCAAGCCACCUACGAAGGCUUCGAGUUUGCUCGCAAGGCAUUUGACGACUUGAUUCCCCUUGACGGCGAGUUCCCCGAAGUCUGGCCCGGAAGCCAGACGAACAAUGAGAAGAAGGCGAAGCAGUUCCUCAAGGAUGAGGCAUGGGGUCAUCACGCUUCGUGCACUGCUGCUAUUGGCGCUGAUGAUGAUCCCAUGGCUGUGUUGGACUCUGAGUUCAAGGUUAGAGGUACUGAGGGUCUACGCGUUGUUGAUGCUAGUGUUUUCCCCAAGAUUCCUGGUUUCUAUAUUGCUCUGCCUUUGUAUAUCGUUGCUGAGAAGGCUAGCGAUGUUAUUAUCAAGGCGGCGAAGAGCUCUUAA